AUGGCUAGGAUACCGCUAAUCGGUCGUAUAGGCCUCAGAGACUAUGUUGCUCUAAUAGGUGGCUUCACCGCUCUCGCUAUCGAAUCUCUCCUCCACAUCAUCAUCCUCUUCCUCCCCAAACCCGUGAUAAAUUGGUUCUACAAACGUUCGAGGGAGAUAUUCCACAAGCUUAGCGGAUCGACUGGGACGAAGACACCAGAAAAGGCUUCGGCUACUGCAGUAUUGAAUGCACGAGAUUUCGAAGAGCUCUGUGCGAUCCACGGCUACACCCACGAGGAGCAUGUCGUAUUGACCAAGGACGGAUACUUGCUGGGAUUGCAUCGGCUGCCUUGCAAACGCGGGGAGCCCAAUGACCACCCUGGGACAAGUACAGGCAAACCUGUGGUCUACCUCCAUCAUGGGUUGUUGAUGAAUAGCGAAGUAUGGGUCUGCCUCACGGAACCGGAAAGGUGUUUGGCUUUUGCAUUGGUGGAGCAAGGGUAUGAUGUCUGGCUGGGUAAUAAUCGAGGAAACAAGUACUCCAAGAAGUCUAUACACCAUGGUCCCAACAGCGCUAAAUUCUGGGACUUCAGCAUCGACGAUUUUGCAUGGCACGAUAUUCCGGAUUCCAUAAACCACAUUCUCGAAGUCACCAAAGUCCCAAAAUUGAGCUACGUCGGGUUCAGUCAGGGUACAGCGCAGGCAUUCGCUGCGCUCAGUAUCCACCCACAGCUCAACGAGAGGGUCAACGUCUUCAUCGCCCUGGCGCCUGCCAUGAGCCCAGCAGGUCUCUCCGCUUCACUCGUAGACAGCCUCAUGAAAUCAUCUCCGACGCUCCUCUUUCUGAUCUUUGGCAGGAAAUCUAUCCUGUCUUCGGCGACGAUGUGGCAGUCCAUCCUGUACCCGCCCAUCUUCACGCAAUUCAUCGACUGGUCUCUCGUUUGGCUCUUCAACUGGCAUGGGCACAACAUCUCACCACACCAAAAGAUCGCAGCCUACGCCCACCUGUACUCGUUUGCCUCUGUCAAAUCCGUGGUGCACUGGUUCCAGAUCAUGAGGAACGCUGCGUUCCAGAUGUAUGAUGACGAUGUACUCUCUCCUGUCGUGAAAACGAGUGUUAGCUCGUACAGACCGGCACGGUUCCCAACGCGAAACAUUGCAACGCCAAUUGUCCUACUCUGGGGCGAUUCCGACAGCUUGGUCGACAUUGAUACUAUGCUUGCCCAGUUGCCAAGGCAUACGAUCGAGAAGAGGCUGAGAACAUAUGAACAUUUGGAUAUCUUGUGGGGAAAAGAUAUUGACAAGGAUGUUAUUCCAGAGGUCUUUUCUGCGUUGAAUCGUUUCAGAACAGAGCUCGAAGCCAAGCCUGCACUUGGGUAG